CUGACGCUAAGAACAUAAUUAUACAUACAUAUUAACAAUAACUUCAAAAUAAUCAGAUAAUUCAAACGUUACGCAAAGUUGGUCGUCAGCGACCAUCGUUAAACAAAAUCACAAAGAAAAAUGUGGUUUAUAUUAUUUGGUUUAAUUUUAUCGGUAUCAAAUGUUUUAAGUGAGUUUCGUUUCGACAACUAUGCUCUUUAUAAAAUAAUACCAAAAGAUGUGGAACAAGUAAAUUAUUUAAAAACUAUACAAAAUAGUGAUGCGGGUUACGAUUUCUGGAACGAUCCUGCUAGUCCAGCUGGUUACGUGAAUGUUCUAACGAGUCCCGAAAACAGAAAUGAAUUUGAAAAUGUUUUGAAGAGUAAAAAUAUAGAUUUUGAAAUUAAUACUGAAAAUAUUCAAGAAGCAAUCGAUCAGGAGGUGAUACAGACAUAUACAAGAAGCAAUGUAAAAAGUAUGAGAUGGGACGGCUACUACAAUCUGUCAUCAAUCAACGCUUGGAUUGAUGAUUUAGCUGCAGAAUAUCCCAAAAUUGUCACCGUCAUUACUGGUGGGACUUCAUACGAAGGUCGAUCCAUCAAAGGCCUUAGAAUAUCUCAUGGUCAAGGUAGAAGAGUGAUUUUUUUGGAAGGUGGUAUUCACUCCAGAGAAUGGAUAUCACCGGCAACAGUCAACUACAUCACUAAUGAACUGCUUACCAGCGAUAAUGAAGAGACAAAAUUUGCAGCACAUAACUUUGACUGGUACAUUUUUCCAGUUACGAAUCCUGAUGGCUAUGUUUGGAGUUUUGAAAAUUUCAGAAUGUGGCGUAAGAAUAGACGUCCUGUUGGCGAACAUUUUGGCAUUGAUUUGAACAGAAACUGGGAUAACAACUGGAUGGUUGAAGGUGCAAGCUCCAACCCUGCUCGCGACGACUAUGCGGGCCCUGAACCUUUCUCAGAACCCGAAACUAAGUCCUUGUCUGAAUUCAUCGCGUCGAUUGGUGAUAGGAUUGACAUGUAUCUGUCUUUCCAUUCAUAUAGUCAGAUGUUGUUGUUACCUUUUGGAAAUACGACCGCACCCUUAGCAAAUUAUCAUGAUGCUAGAGAAAUCGGCAUACGUGCAAUGGGAGCGUUAUCUGUCAAAUAUGGCACUCAAUACAGGACAGGAAACAUUGCUGAAACGAUUUACCUUGCGACUGGUGGAAGCGUGGACUGGGUAAAAGAAGAACUGAAGGUCCCAUUAGUCUACUGUUAUGAACUAAGAGAUAAUGGCACUUAUGGCUUCGUUCUCCCACCUGCACAGAUCCUGCCAAAUAACUUGGAAGUCAUGGACUCUAUUCUAGAACUCAUUUUCCAAGCUCGAAGAUUUGGCUACCUGCAAAGUAGUGGAUAUAGCGUCAAUGCUUCUCUUGUAUUAAUUGUGGCAGCACUGUUAGCAAAAUUUUUGCAAGACUGAUUUCCGAAUUGGAUUUGUAAUGUGUAGAUAUUAAAGUUAUUUUUUGUUAAGUUUGAAAUUACUUUGUUUUUAUUGUUUU